CUCUUCAUCUUCAUCUUCAUCUUCAGCCCCUUUCCGCUUCAUAAACCAAGACAAAAUUCUCUCUCUCUCUCUCUCAAGUUCGACGCUCAUGGCUGAGGACCCUCAGAACACACCUCCCGCUUCAGAAACGCCGGCCCCGGCGGAGGAAGUUGUGGUGGGGGUGGUUCCGUACGUGCCGCAAGCAGCCGAAACACCCGCCGCCGGAAAAGAGCCGCCGCCUUCGGAAGCCGCCGGAGAGGACGGGCAUAAGGUCCCGGAGGGGGAGUUGGAAGAGAAAAUCGUGAAGGCCUCCAGGUUCGCUUCCUUCAAGGAAGAGACCAACGUGGUCGGGGAGCUCCCGGAGGCCCAAAAGAAGGCCCUUGACGAGCUCAAACGCCUCGUCCGGGAGGCUCUGAACAAGCGCGAGUUCACCACUCAACCAUCACAACCGCCUCCUAAGGAAGAAGAGAAGAAGGAAGACAAAGAGGCGGUGAAAACGUCCGCCGAUGGGCCUUCGAGGCCUGAAGCCGAGGCAGCCACGGAAGUGCCGCCACCCGUGCCAGUGGAGGAGGCGGAGGCGGUGGUGAUCAUCCAGGAGGUGGUGGAGAAUGUGACUGCGGUCGAAGAGGAUGGCGCCAAGACACUCGAGGCCAUCAAGGAGACGAUAGUCGAGGUGUCCAUAACUGCCUCCGCCGGAAAAACAGAGGAGGCGGCGGCUCCGGCUCCGGCUGCGGCCAUAGAAAGCAAGAAAGAAGCUGAACCCAUGGCAGAGCUAGAGGAGGUGUUCAUCUGGGGAGUCCCGCUCCUCGGCGACGACGAGAGAAGUGACGUCAUCCUCCUAAAGUUCCUGAGAGCCAGGGACUUCAAAGUGAAGGAGUCCUUCGACAUGAUCAAGAGCACAGUCAGGUGGCGCAGGGAGUUUGGCGUCGACGGCUUGCUCGAGGAGGACCUCGGCACGGACUACAACAAGGCGGUGUUCAUGCGCGGGCUUGACCGGGAGGGCCACCCGGUGUGCUACAACGUGUACGGCGAGUUUCAGGACAGGGAGCUGCAUCAGAAAGCUUUCGGAGGCGAAGAGAAGAGGAAGAAGUUCCUCAAGUGGAGGAUCCAGUUCCUGGAGAGAAGCAUCAGGAAGCUCGACAUGAGCCCCGGUGGCAUCUCGACGGUAGUUCAGGUGAUUGACCUGAAGAACUCGCCAGGGCUUCUCAGGAGGGAGCUGAGGAAGUCCACUGGCCAGGCUCUCCAGAUUCUUCAGGACAACUACCCUGAGUUUGUAGCCAAACAGGUGUUCAUCAAUGUUCCAUGGUGGUACCUGGCCUACAACAGGAUUAUCAGUCCUUUCUUGACGCAGAGGACCAAGAGCAAGUUUGUGUUUGCAAGCCCAUCAAGAACUGCCGAGACACUCCUCAAAUACAUAGCGCCCGAACAUUUGCCGGCGCAAUAUGGCGGGCUAAGCACGGAGGAAGAGCAGGAGUUCACGGCUGCUGAACCAGCUACAGAGGUCGCAAUCAAGCCGGCAACCAAGCACAUUGUCGAAUUCCCCGUUGCCGAGACAUGCCUUGUGGUCUGGGAGGCUAAAGUGGUGGGGUGUGACGCGAGCUACGGGGCCGAGUUCGUUCCGAGUGCCGAGGGUUCCUACACCGUGAUCGUGCAGAAGACUAGGAAGAUAACUCCGGCCGACGAGCCCGUCAUCUGUGGCCGCUUCAAGGCCGGGGAACCGGGCAAAGUGGUGCUCACGAUUGACAAUCAGUCCUCCAAGAGGAAGACGCUCCUUUACAGGUCCAAGACUAAGGCCUGCUCGGAAGACCAAUGCCCUUGUUGAUCAGUAACUUGGAUUGCUUUUAGCAAUGCGUUUUUUUUUUUUUUUUUUUGAGUCAGGCUUUUCUCUAUCUCUCCAUCGUUUUUCAUUUUUGAAAUAUUUCAAUUGUAU